AUGAUCUGCAUGUUUGUUAGAAGCACAAUCAUCUUUAGAGGAAUUGCAGGCUAUCAUUUUCAACCAAAAAAACAUGGCCUUUUUUUAAGUAUCUUGCGGGCUGUCCAUAAUAGAACAGAAGCUGUUUGUGAUUCGCUUCUUAGGUCGAAAGUUGAAACCACUUCUUCAUGUUAUGAUGACAGCCUUCAUCGUUCCCCAUUGUAUUCAAAAAUUGGCGAUCAAUCCAAUGAUUACAAAAUUGACAUUGUUGACGAUGAGACUUGGCAAGUUUCAACAGGUUUUGCGAAUGCCUGGAAAGAUGCUACUGCCCCAUCUCUGGUAACUAACGCUUCUCAUGCUCAAGUGGCUAAUGAUACACCUCGAAACUCAGUUGACCCUGAUUUUGAUKAAAUUGWYGAUUUGAGAAUAUGUGGAAAUCUGUUUUAUAAGCUUGACAGAGAUUCAAAAGAGUAUGAAGAGUACAAUAUUGAUUUCCACAGGAGGAAAUCUUCUAAAARGAAGACUGAUCWGWGGGAGAGCAAGGCAAAAGAGAACCCAAAUUCAACUUCGGGCWMUAUGGUUGAAAAUGUUUCAAAAAGAAAAGAUGAGAUUAGAGAAAGCAAAAUGAAUGGAAACCCAAGAAAUAAUUACGGGAUUUCCAUGUUUGAUGAGAUGGAGAWACCBGAAGGAUCUUUYAUUGAAAAGAAGCAAAGGGUUCCAACUUUCAAUCAACUUACAGCGCCAUACCAUGAGCCAUUUUGUUUGGAUAUCUACAUCUCAAAAGCAUCUAUACGAGCGUGCAUUGUUCAUCGAGCAACGAGCAAAGUUGUUGCUGUUGCACAUUCUAUUUCUAAGGACAUGAAAUUUGAUCUGGGUUCAACUAGAAAUGCUGCUGCUUGUGCUGCUGUUGGGAAAGUAUUAGCACAAAGAGCUUUGGCUGAUGAUAUUCACAAUGUGGUUUAUACACCCAGAAAGGGUGAGAAAUUGGAGGGGAAACUUCAAAUUGUGCUUCAGUCUGUAAUAAAUGAUGGUGUACGGGUGAAGGUGAAGAUUAAAAAGACCAAAGUUCGAAAAGCUGGCUUCCGAUCUGCAGAUUAUAAGCGUAAUUAAUUUGUCAGUAUCUUCACCAGCUGAACAAGAGUGCUGCCUUCUCUGCUGACCAAAAUAACCAUUCUGUCGCUUUGGAUUUUUCAUAGGUUUUUGGUCCAUUUAUGAAAAACCAUUGAGCAUCUUAGAGGCUGUGAUGAUGAAUUUGAAUGCAUCUGAGUGGAUUCGAUCAAAAUCUGAGAUAAUCCGCAUCUUGGCUGGGCAACCGGGAUGGUUAUGUGAGAGAAAGAAGACAUGAAUGUUUCUGUUCUUUGUUAUUGCAACCAGUAAGUUGCAGCCAUGGCGGAUUUAUCCUCUUUGUUGAUUGUUUACAUCUGAGCCUCACAUAU